GGGAGAAAAACGAGAGAGAGGGAGCAAAGUUAACUGCAGUGCCACAGAUCCUCAGAGAAAACAAGACAGAACAGAAGAAACAGAAAGAAAAAAGAAAGAAAGAAAGAAAGAAAGAAAGAAAACAAAAGACUGAAAGGAAAGGGAAGGAGACAGAGAACACUGUGUCUCUCAGAGAGGACCAAACAGGACCAUGGACCCCAACAAGACACCAAGUGCUCCUCCUCCAGGCUGGAACCCCGAGGAUAAAUCAAACAUGGCUUAUCCGCCUCCCCCUCCUUACCAGGACUACCCCCAGUACCCCAACACAGGUGGGUGUUCUCCAGGACAACCCGCUGCUGCAGGAUACCCCCCGGCACCGCAGUUUGGAGGGGCCCCGGGUGGCCCAUACCCCCCUGCUGGCCAGCAGUACCCCCCCGGGCCGUACCCCCAGGGGCCCCAGCCCAUGGUCACAGUGCAGCCUACACUGUAUGUGACCCAGGGGCCGCUGGCCCACCCGCUGCCAGACUACCUGGGCUACUCCAUCUUCACCAUGCUGUGCUGCUGCCUGCCCCUGGGCAUCGCAGCCCUCGUCUACUCCAUCUCGACUCGAGAUGCCAACAACCGGGGCCACCAGCAGAUGGCGGAGCAUAACUCACGGCUGGCGCGCAAUCUGAACCACGCAGGACUGGGCAUCGGCAUCACUAUCCUCAUUCUGUGGAUCGUCUUCGCAUUCUUCAUCCACUGAGCACUCCAGGACCCAUUUCAAAAAUCAUCCCUUAUGAUCAUCUCAUAUUGCAACACUGAAAUUUAAUGAACCUUUUAUAAAACAUGUUCAUUCUGAAGGCUUUUUCCCCUUCUUCCCAGGUCCUUUAUUUGCUGUAACACGUCACAUGGGUAGAUUUUAGUGCCUAUAAAAGAACUUAUCUGACAAAAGCCCAACUCUAAAUGUACCUGAACUGUGUAAAUCACAAAGAUUGCAUGAUUCAUGUCCAGAAGAUGGACAUACCUGUCAAGCCAGUUAGCCAGCUGAUGCAACAUUAGAUUGGUAUGAUUCAUUUCCAUUUUAGCUACAAAAUCAUCCACAAGUUUCUAUGUCAUAAACCCAAAGAUUUUAUAAUUCUUAUACAAGUACCUUUACAGUGUCUUUUAAAAUCCUUUUUCAUUAUGUGAAUUAGCAGUAUGCUUACUGAAACUGGUCAAGUAAGGCUAACUUACAGUGUUUUCCAUGCAUUAAAUAUUUUUCCAGUAAUUCCACCUUGCUUUUGCAUUACCCAAUAUUCAUACCCAUAACUCUGCAUAACAGCUUUGACAGACUAUAAGCAAAUAUGGCAAACUGGAUAUGUGAUCUCUGUGAUCUCUGUCUUUCUGGAAGGAGGUGUUAUGAUUUUAAGAUUUAUGUCACCUGUAAAUAUGUCUAUUUCAGUUAGAAAUGUGAGGGGGCCAUAUGCAUGCGUAGUAUAGGAAAGAAAAUUUAAAAUACAUUUAGAGCAGAAUAAACAUUUAUUGGUUCAUACUUAAUUCAUGCUUAUCACAGACAUAAUUUGUAGCUACACAUUUUGAUAAGACAGAUAUAUAAAUACCGUAUAUGGUAAAUACAUAUUUUAUUCAUAUAUUUUUUUAAUAUUAUUACACAUCACUGACUCCUAAUUACUUCGUUAUAUCCUUUUAGUCGGACUACAGUUGGCUGUGAAUUGUGGGUGUGCCCAAAAAGAAUUAAACAGAAAUUAAAAACAAGGAUAUGUUAAACAAAUAUGUAUUAAAAAUAAAGUACUG